GCGAGGCUCAGUUAAAGACGCUGUGCAUCUUGGUUUUCUGGUCUGCGCAAAAGGCACUUCCCGGACAGCACGGCUUUGAAGGACCGACGGGCCCCGGGAAAGGAGAGAAAGUCAAGGUGCGUACAGCUAGCUCUACACGCAAAGAGGGAAGCCAGUGGGCAGAGGGAGACGCAGCGCGGAUUUCCCCCGCCCUCAGGCACGGGCUCCAGCUCUCGAGCAGAAGGGUCUCCCAGUCAGCCGUCGUGCGGACGCGAAACAGGGCGGCGCGUCCCCUGAAGGGGCCGAGAUCCCCGCCUCCGGCAGCGGGAGAAAGGGGUUGCACUGAGCGCUCGCGGCGCCGCGAGGCUGCGAGGGGCGGGUCUGGGUGCUGCCCCUCCCGCGCUCCGGUCUGGGUUCUGGGCGCUGGGGGCGGGCAGGGGAGGAGCCACGGGGGAGGAGCAAAACCUGGAGGCCCCGGGAAUCUUGGGCAGAGCCAGAGCGGCAAAAGCCGGAUCCCGGGCGCACAGCCCAGGGAGAAAAGCCCGCCGUCCGGGCCGAGCGCCGCCACGGAGUCCGUGCGCAACCGGCGAGAAGGGCCUGUGCCAACGGUUCGAGGCUCCUAGGCUCCUAAACCGUCGCAGAGCUGCUUGGCUGCCCGUCUCCCACCUACCCACCUGCCGCCCCGCCGGGGCCCAGACCGACCCGCCACCUGCGUCCCGGUUGCGCCAUGGAUCCUUCGGAGAAGAAGAUAUCCGUGUGGAUCUGCCAGGAGGAGAAGCUGGUGUCUGGUCUCUCUCGCCGCACCACCUGCUCGGACGUGGUGCGGGUGCUGUUGGAGGACGGCUGCCGGCGGCCGCGGAGGCAGCGGCGGGGCCGGCGGCGGGGGGCGGCCAGCGACUCGCCAGGCCGGGAGGAGCUGCGGGAACUCCUGGACGAGGACGACGAGGACGACGAUGAGGCUCUGCCGCAAGGCAUGUUGUGCGGACCCCCGCAGUGCUAUUGCAUCGUGGAGAAGUGGCGGGGCUUUGAGCGUAUACUGCCCAACAAGACGCGCAUCUUGCGUCUCUGGGCCGCCUGGGGCGACGAGCAAGAGAACGUGCGCUUCGUGCUGGUGCGCAGCGAGGCAUCGCUACCCAACGCGGGCCCCCGCAGCGCCGAGGCGCGCGUCGUGCUCAGUCGUGAGCGCCCCUGCUCGGCCCGGGGGGUCCCGGCGCGGCCCAGCCUGGCCUUGACCCAGGAGAAACAGCGGCGGGUGGUACGCAAGGCCUUCCGCAAGCUGGCCAAGCUCAAUCGGCGGCGCCAGCAGCAGCCGUCGUCACCCUGUUCGUCCACGUCGUCGUCCACCGCCUCAUCCUGUUCGUCUUCGCCGCAGGCCGCCGAGAGCGCAUCCGUGGAGCGCAUGGAGACGCUGGUGCAUUUGGUGCUCUCCCAGGACCACACCAUCCGCCAACAGGUGCAGCGGCUCCGGGAACUGGAUCGCGAGAUCGACCGCUAUGAGGCCAAGGUGCACCUGGACCGCAUGCGGCGACAUGGAGUCAACUACGUGCAGGACACUUACUUAGUGGGCGCAGGCGUCGAGGUGGACGGGCCCAGCCCGGGAGAGGAGCCGGAGGCGGCCGCGGCUCCCCUGGACGGCGAGGCGCAGGCGGCCGCGCUGGAGGAGCUGGCCCGGCGGUGCGACGACCUGCUGUGCCUGCAGGAGCAGCGAGCCCAGCAGGAGGAGUUGCUCGAGCGCCUCUCGGCCGAGAUUCAGGAGGAGCUGAACCAGAGGUGGAUGCGGAGGCGCCAGGAGGAGCUCGCAGCGCGGGAGGAGCCCCUGGAGCUUGACGGCAGCCACGACGGUGAGCUGCUGCUGGAGCAGGAGCGGGUCAGGACGCAGCUCAGCACCAGCCUCUACAUCGGGCUCCGGCUCAACACGGACCUGGAGGCUGUCAAGUCGGAUUUGGAUUACAGCCAGCAGCAGUGGGACACCAAGGAGCGCGAGCUGCAGGGCCUUCUCCAGACUUUGCACACGUUGGAGCUGACGGUAGCGCCCGACGGGACUCUCGGCUCUGGGGAUCCCUCCCGGGAAUCCCGACCUCAGGGCCGCGCCGAGGUGUGGGUGGAUCAGGCUCGCGGGCUGGCCAAGAGCUGUCCCGGCAACGACGAGGACUCGGAUACCGGGCUGAGCUCUAUGCACAGCCAGGACUCGGACUCGGUGCCAGUGUGCGAAUCUCUUGUGUAAGGCGAGCAGGGUGGGAGGGGGGGACGACCCUCCCCACUUCCGCGCAGAAAGCACUGGCAUGGCCCGCUCAGGGACUUGAAACCAGGUUAGGGGUGGGCCGGGGACCCUUGCCAGGGAGCAGCGCUCCCACUGGGCCGGGGACGGGGAAGCGGGGGGAGGGCUGGGGACGCCUGUCCUGCGCUCCUCUGGUUCCCCAGAGAGUAGUGAGGGGUGCGGGAAAAGGGAGGCCAGGUCUCCAUUCCAAGCUCUUUCAGGGGAAGGAGGGAGGAAGGUGGUGAGAACCCUCCCGUACUGGAAAACAAAAGCCCCAGGGAAACUGACGUGGUCCGAACCCAUUUUCAAAAAAAGAAAAAGGAAAAAAAAGUAUUAUGAAGAUUUCAGCAAUCUUCUGUAUGGGAAGGACUGAUGGCAGCUAGAACUUCAGUUUGUGGUGCAAAGUGCUUUUAAAAGAAACUCUUGGAUGAAAAGGAAAUUCCUUGAAUGUUAAUUGUGACUGUGAACGUGUUAAAACUAGCCAAAGAGGAGCACUGGUGUUGGUCUCAGCCUUCCUUCAUCUCUGAUAAAACCCACAGGCACCCAAAUCCUGGCUCUUUACAUUUCUGCAGAUUGGGGAAUUGCCCAUCUGCUAAACUGUCUUACUUUCUUUCAGAGGCUGAGCUGUGUGGCCGUCUAAUGCUGCAUUUCCUCCCUGCAAAUACAGUGUGUGUUCAGAUAGAAUCCCUUCCCUAAAAUAACCUCUUAUUAUUACAAAAGCCAAACAUAAAGCUUUUGAGAGAGAGAAGCCUGGCAGACACAGUCCCUGGUUACAGUUUAAUCGAGGCUUUUGGGGAUUUGCUGCUGCAAAGGGACCUGCACUGUCCUUUCUUUCCACUUCUGCUGUCCCUUCUUGUAUGGAAUCACUGUUACUCCAAGAAGAAAAAAAAGGUGGGGGGGGGAUGCAGAAUUCAAGCGAAGUGCGACUGAAGUUGCUAUUUAAUGAGCACUCUGGUUGAAACUGAGACUUGAAAAAAAAGAUCUUUGUUAGUGUUAGGCUUCUGAACCAAGCUAUAUGAUUAAAACCAACCAUGACCUCAAGGUAUUUUUCCCCAACCCAAGUCCAACUUCAGUAGCUUUGGUCAAAGAUUCAGUAGUUACUUGUCCAAGCCUAAGUGGAAAGUGCAAACAUCAAGGUUUACCAGAUAAGGCUCCUGAAAGAAAACAUAAAAUAGAACAGUCUAAUAGUACACCUUGGGUGAGUAAUUUGAUUAACCGGGGCACGCAGCCGUAGAUAAAUGCAUAGGAAAGUGGGCUUAGGGAUGACUUGAAUUACUCUUGCCUGGUUCAUACCUUUGAACACAGCCGGAGAUACAAGUGUGACACCUCUCUCUUGCUAGCUGGUGACCGAGCCCCUGUGGGGACGCAGUGUAAUUGUUCCAGUUAUUUCAACAGAAGUGAUCAGUUGUAGCUGGCUGUUGCCCCAUGGAAGGAGCCUGUUGGCGGCGUUCCCUCUGGAGCUCCGUACUUCUGAGGAAUGUGGGAUCUAAUCUCUCCUGAGGAGGUCCUAACAAUGGGGUGUGUGUGUGGGGCCAGCCUGCUCCAGAAGCCCGGUAUCCGCCUAACGAUGGAGAGGCAGGCUCCAGUUUCAACACCACAAGUGAAGAUAACUUAAAAGGUCUUGCUUUAUUGAGAAGUUUCUUUUCCUUGGAGGGCUUCUCUGUCUACUUAUUGCCAGUGGGGACCUGCCCACCUCACCCCCUUAAACCAUUUAAACCGUCUCCUUUUUGGAGACAGCCCUCCCAUCCCCGCACUAUUGCAACACACGUGGAUAUUUCAGAUUUUCAAGUAAAAUGAGAAUGAAAUGGCCGUUUUCUUAAUUGGUGUUUUCAAAAGACAUUAGCUGGCAUAAUUAUGGUUUUUUAAUCUCGUCGGACGCAGAAAAUGUCUGCGUUUGGUCUUGAGCAUGAUUAAAAUGAGAAGGGGACCGAAAGAAAGCCACUGUCCCUAGACGAUCAUUUGAUUUGGUAAACACAAAACCUAAUGAUAGCUUCCCUUUUGAGGCAGAGGUAAAAUCCUCAUUAGAGUGUGACAAAUGCUACUUGUCUGAAUGGUUUAUGCUGGCAAUGGGCUGACCUGGUGGUUUUAAAAUUAUUGUGCUUUUUUCCCCCCAGUCCCCGAGAGUGGUAGGGAGGUGGUUCUUAGAUGUUUAUUAACUCAAAAGGGAACACAGAAGUUGGCAGAACAGGACUGCCUGGCAGAAAAGGGCUGUUUUCUUAUUCACUAUUAUUAUUUUAAACUCUGACAGGCCGCUGACAUCAGCAAAUAUGCCUGAAGCCUGUAAAGCAAAUUAAGCCACAUCACAGCGAGAAGGCCUGUGGGAUUCUCUAGUGCCCUUCCUGUCCUGUCCACCUGAAGAUACUUCUCCAGUCAACUCUUCAGGCAGUGUGGAGGCUCUAUUUGUAGCAGAGGGCAGGCAGCCCAGUCUGCCCAUUUCACCUUUCAUCCAAAUCAAUUAUGUCCCCAGAAGGCACUCUCUGUGUGGGUAGGAGAAAGGAGGGGGGAGGGGGGUGCCAAAAUAGAAAAAAGACAAUAGCUCCUUUUACUAAGAGCUUUCGCAAGUCUGAGAGAGGUGGAGUAUGGGCAUAAAAAGGACCAACACAGUGCCUGUGCCUAGAAAGUGCUUCAUGGGUGCUAGAUGCUGAAAAAAAGUUAUUUCACUUAAAAAAUAAUCAUCCUGGCACAAUCACAUUGAGGUGAAAGCAUCAGCGCUAAGGGUGUCAGAGCCCCUGGGAGAAGUGCCCCCUGUGCUGGUGUCUGAGCAGAACAACGGAGAUCCUGGGGAAGAACCAGCCAACUCGUGGAGGACAGGACAAGGCCCCAUCCUUGCUGGGAACUGAUAGCCUGUAUCUUGGCUUUGAUCUUAAGUAGCCCCUUCUCAGUCAUCUCCCAAACCAGAGCGAUUUCACCUGGUAUCUCUGUGUUCGCUUAUAAAACGUGAGGACGAUGAUUGGCUAAUUAGAAAAGUUACAUACUGUGGUCCUUGGGACGAACCUGGGAAGAGCAGAAGUAAAAAAGAAAAGAAAGAAA